GGUCGAUUAUAUAUAUCUAAAAAAGAAGCACAUGUCGUUAAUGAUCGUGAUAGUGGCCAUCAUACUACUGGUUGUACAUUCCAUGUUAAUGCGUAUCGACGCAAGAAAGACAAUUUGAUCUAUGUAUCAAAAAUUGACAGUCAGCAUAAUCAUGCGCUUGUUGAUAAUAUAAAUAUGGUUGCACCACAUUAUCGGAAGUUCACUUCAGAGAUGAUUGAUGAAGUAAAAUUUCUUGCAAGUUGUGGAUCAAUUCGGUGUAAAAAAGAAGAAAUAAGUGAUGCUGGUUCGUUGUACCUUAAGCUUAUUAAAAAACAGCAAGCUGAUCCCACUUUUCAUAUUGACGCUCAAUUUGAAGGUAAGGACAAUCAUCUUACAAGGCUUUGUUGGAUGAGCCCAGGCCAGCAGCAGUUGUGGGCCCGCUUUCACGAUGUUGUCCUUUUAGAUUCUACAGCAAAAACCAAUCGCCACUCAAUGAUAUUAUGUAUCAUGAUACUAGUAGAUAAUCAUAACUGUUCUCGUCUUACAGCAGCUGCUAUAGUCUCUGAUGAAACAAAAGAAACUUAUGAAUGGUUAUUCAAAA